CAGCUUUUUUGUUUUCCGUCGGCCACUAUUCAUCAUCAUCCCUAACCCUAGAGGAUUCGUUUCAUUGAAUCGAAGAUGCUGCGAGUUGCAGGGAGGAGGCUUUUGUCCAUUCCGCAGAGAUCUUCGACUGCGAGUACUUUCGUCCUUUCACGAGAUCAUACCAUCGACUCCUCCUCCUCCUCUUCCACCGCCCCCAGAUCUGUUCCAUCUGCUGAUAUUUCAGCUUUCAAUUCUUACCACAGAAGCCUUAUCAGAGGUUUCGCAUCUCAAGUCCUUGCCCAAGGGAAUGAGGUAGGUUUUGGUUCGGAAGUCCCAGCCACGGUCGAGGCUGUCAAAACACCUAACUCAAAGAUUGUGUAUGAUAACCACAACCAUGAGCGUUACCCACCUGGUGACCCUAGCAAGCGUGCAUUCGCCUACUUUGUUCUUUCUGGUGGGAGGUUUGUGUAUGCCUCUGUUCUCCGCCUUCUUGUUCUGAAGCUCAUUGUCAGCAUGUCCGCAAGUAAAGAUGUCCUUGCACUUGCAUCCCUCGAGGUUGACCUCGGUAGCAUUGAACCGGGAACUACUGUGACAGUGAAGUGGCGUGGAAAGCCCGUGUUCAUCAGGAGAAGAACAGAGGAUGACAUCAAGCUGGCCAAUAGCGUGGAUCUUGCAUCUUUGAGGGACCCGCAAGAAGAUGCCGUCAGGGUGAAGAAUCCGGAAUGGUUAGUGGUGGUUGGAGUGUGCACCCACUUGGGAUGCAUCCCUUUGCCUAACGCUGGUGAUUAUGGAGGUUGGUUCUGCCCCUGCCACGGAUCACAUUACGAUAUCUCAGGAAGGAUCAGGAAAGGUCCAGCACCGUACAACCUGGAAGUACCAACCUACAGCUUCUUGGAAGAGAACAAGUUACUCAUUGGUUAAGCACAACAAGUCCACACACUGUCUGUGUCUUAAAGAUCGUCACAUGAUUUUGUUUUUUUGUUUUUGUUUUAAUAUACUUCGGCUAAAAUGUUAGCUCGCAAGAGUGCUCACUUCCUUCACACUCUGGUCCUUUCUCUCAGCAAGUAAGAUUGUCUUGUUUGGCUGAAUAAUACAAAACCUAUUGUCAUUGUAUGACUGAGCAUACAAUGUUCAUAAGUAUGUGUUUAUUUUUUCAAAAAGAAUUAUGGAUUUUGAAUAGUAUCAGCUCCCAGUUUUUGAGUCUU